UAAACGCAGCUUGUAAAAACAGAGAAACCGUUGAAAAAUGGCGGUUACAGAAACGAUCUCUCGAUCGCUUACCUUCUCAUCUCGCCGACGCUCUCCUCCGCCGUCUCAUCACUCGCCGUCUCCUCCACCCCUCUCUCCUCGAGGUUUUCAAACACAGUGCGGAAGAGGUUGAUGUAAAAGGUGAUAACUCUGUGGUUUUCAAACACAGUGAAUAUUCAUAUUUGAAUUUAAGACUCUUGAUUAACUUUACAUAGACACAUACUACUAUCUUAUUCAAAAAGCUUUGGUCAUUAAGCACAUCAUUUGAGUAUUUUUUUUUUUGGUGAGUAGAGUAUUUUUUUAUUUAUUAAAGGUUCGAUAAAAUUUUAGAUAAAUAUAUUUUUCAUAUAAUAAAAUUGAUUACUAUCAAAUUUACUAAUUUAUCCCGUCAUAGUGAGCAUAAUUUUUUUUGACUAACGUGGCCCUGUCUAAGGCCCAAUUGGCAUGACGAGGCCCAUGUUGAGAUGUUUCUCUUUUCACGGAGAGAAGAAGAAGAAGAAGAAGAAGAAUUGAAUGAAAUAAUCUCGAUCUCAUUCCAACACCGAAUCAAACUCAAGUCAAACUUUCCAAUUUCAUUUCAGAGAAAGAAAGAGAGAAAAUGAACAGAGAAACCGAAUUGGUUGAACUUUGCAUAAACGCAGCUUGUAAAAACAGAGAAACCGUUGAAAAAUGGCGGUUACAGAAACGAUCUCUCGAUCGCUUACCUUCUCAUCUCGCCGACGCUCUCCUCCGCCGUCUCAUCACUCGCCGUCUCCUCCACCCCUCUCUCCUCGAGGUUUUCAAACACAGUGCGGAAGAGGUUGAUGUAAAAGGUGAUAACUCUGUGGAUGCAGAAUGGAUGGCAUAUUUGGGAGGAUUUCGCCAUUUGCGUUAUUUGAACAUUGCUGAAUGUCAUCGAAUCAAUUCUUCAGCUCUUUGGCCUCUCACAGGAAUGAAUAGCCUUAAAGAGUUGGAUCUAUCUAGAUGCUCCAAAGUUAAUGAUGCUGGAAUUAAUCAUAUACUUUCUGUUCCUAAUUUGGAGAAGUUGCACAUUUCGAAAACUAGCGUCACUGCCAAAGGAGUCAAGCUUCUAGCCUCUCUUAAAAACUUGUCUCUUCUUGACUUGGGCGGUUUGCCUGUCGAUGAUGCGUCUUUAGCUUCAUUACAGGUACUGAAAAAUCUACAACACAUUGAACUCUGGGGUAGUAAAAUAUCAAACAACGGUGCUGCAGUUCUUAACACAUUCCCCAAGUUAACCCAUCUAAAUCUUGAAUGGACCAGCGUCACAAAAUUGCCUAAUUUAUCAUCUCUUGAAUGCCUCAACAUGAGUAAUUGUACUAUUGACUCUAUACUUGAAAAUGAUAAAGCUCCUUUGACAAAGCUUAUAUUCUCUGGGUCUACAUUCCUGAAUGAAGCUGGAACCUUAUUAUAUGCAAAUACAAAUAACCUGUCCUUUCUGGACUUGGCCCAUACCGGCCUUGACAAAUUCUUCUUCUUAAGUAAAAUGAAAGUAAUAGAACAUCUCAAUCUCAGCUCGUGUAUGAUGGAUGAUAAUUCAGUUGAGAUGGUUGCAUGUAUUGGUGGAAAGUUGAAAAGUUUGAAUCUGAGUGGUACUUGGGUUAGCUCUGCUGGAGUAGGGAUUUUAGCUGGACAUGUUCCCAAUCUUGAAAUUCUAUCACUAUCUCAGACAUCAGUGGAAGAUACUGCCCUCGCAUUUAUCAGCUUGAUGCCUUCAUUGAAGGUUGUUGAUCUGAGCAAUACGAACAUUAAAGGGUUUUUGCACCAAGGAGGGACUGACUUGGACUCACUCUCUCUAACGGCCCUACAAAAUCUGAAACAAUUAGAAAGGCUGAAUUUGGAGCACACUCAAGUCACCGAUGAAGCUUUAUUCCCUUUAUCAAGCUUCCAAGAGCUGAGAUAUUUAUCUCUUAAAAGUCCUUCACUCUCAGACAUCUCACUUUACCAUCUAUCAUCAGUUCCUAAGUUGACAAAGCUUGGUAUCUGUGAUGCGGUAUUGACAAAUUGUUCUCUUGAUAAGGUUAAGGCUCCUGAAAAUCUGAAACUGAUGGACCUCAGAGGUUGUUGGCUCUUAACCAAAGAUGCUAUCUUAUCAUUCAGUAGAAAUCAUCCACAAAUUGAAGUCAGACAUGAACUUGUUACGGUACUUCCUUUUGAAGAAAAUGGACGUCAGCAUUCAUCUCCAUCUCGAUUAACUUCAAGGACUAUGCAAGCAGCUAGGAAGAAAGAACAAACGUCCUUAUCUCCAUAUUUCGUAGAUCAAAGGAUGAAAUAUAGCAGAGAUGAGUUACUUGCAUUGCAGUUUAUGUCUCUGCCUCUUGCAUCAAAUAGUGAGAGAGACAACUCAACACUUGAGAAGCAAUUGGAUUCAAUGUAGCAAUCUGUUUCCGUAUUUCUAUCUGAUCUCAUUGCAUUGGCAAAAUUUUGUAUUCAUUGUAUACUCCAAUUUAUCUCACUUGCAUUCAGUGUAGUUCAAUGUAUCUUACUUUUUUCACCAACAUUUAGGUGCAACUCAUGUGCAUGAGGUGAAAGCUGAAUAAUGCCAACUAAGUCGUAUAGAGCUUUGGCUCAAACCUAACCUUGUAUUUUGUACAUGUGAAUUAAGAGAUGAAUGUUUUUCUGUUGAGUGUAAUAAUUGACACAUGAGGAUGUAAUAGAUUGCUUCUUCCUAGUUUCUGCAAA